AUGCAUAUUGAUGGUAGUGAAAAGGAGCCCCUUCAAGAUGAGGAGGGAGAUAUGAAGUCCAAUGAAGACGACAUAGUAGAUGUUUCUUUGGAUUCAACUACUGACGGGAUCAUGAAAGAAAGAGCGGAUGGAAAUUUCUAUAAUGAUAGUGAUGUUAGAUAUAUUCAGAAAGCGUAUAGCCAAAAGGAAAUCGAAACUCUUUUGGGAAUAGAUUAUCCUUCUUGGUCGUUGGAAUCAGAGUUACCAUUGACUUCAGAUGAAAUCUUAGAAAUAUUUGACUCACUAACUCAUAAAUUUGGAUUUCAAGAAAGUUCGAAAAUUAAUAUAUAUCAUUUGUUCAUGUCUCAAUUGGACUCUAGGGCGUCCCGUACCACUCCACUUAGUGCACUUAUAUCUUUACACGUUUCAUACAUUGGUGGUGAGCAUGCCAACUACAGAAAAUGGUAUUUUGCCGCUCAGCUGGAUCUUGAUGAAGAAAUCGGUUUCCAAAACAUGAAAUUGCAUGGGAGAGCACGUAAACGUAACUCAAAAUUGGCAAAAAAGAGAGGAGUAUCAAUAAAAGAACAAAUUUCUCAAUGGCGCCAAAGAGAACAAGAAUUUGUUAAUUCUUACCCAAAAAUUACUUUUGAUCAUAGUCAAUUGAAAGACGCCACUAACCUUACAGCAGCAAAUUAUCGAUGGAAAUUGAAAAUGAAAGACCUAACCCCAAAACAAAUGGUUAGGCAGGUUGCAUUAUAUUUGUUAUGUUGGGGUGAAGCAAAUCAGUUACGAUUUGCACCUGAAUGUCUCUGUUACAUCUUCAAAUGUGCAAUGGAUUACGAUACUUCUGAAACUAUCGGAAGCGAAGAAAAUACUAGAUUUAUACCAUGCUAUUUAGACGACGUCAUCUCACCACUUUAUUAUUUUAUUCGUGAUCAGCUGUUUGAAAAGAAGCAAGAAUCCUUAAAAUGGAUCAGGAAAUCGCUAGAUCACAACGAUAUUAUCGGUUAUGAUGACAUCAAUCAGCUUUUUUGGUAUCCUGAAGGAAUUGAAAGAAUAGUAUUGAAAGAUGGGCAGAGAUUAGUCGACAUCCCAAUGCAAAAACGAUAUCUUUUUUUAAAAGACGUUGUUUGGUCAAAGGCUUUUUAUAAGACGUACAUUGAAAAGAGAAGCUGGAUGCAUUGUAUCACGAAUUUUAAUAGAUUUUGGAUCAUUCAUCUUGCUCCCUUUUGGUUUUUUACAUCUUUUAAUUCUCCAACACUGUAUACUAAAAAUUACAUUCAACUACUUGAUAACCAGCCAACGAUGCAAGCACGAUUAUCGGUCAUGGCAUUUGGUGGGAGUAUCACAUGCUUGAUUCAAAUCUUUGCUACAAUUUUUGAAUGGCAAUUUGUACCGAGAACAUGGCCUGGAGCCCAGCACUUAACAAAAAGAUUUAUUGGUUUGAUAUUAUGUUUGUUAAUUAAUUUCGGACCAUCAAUUUACAUAUUCGGAUUUUUUGACCUCAAUGUUCACUCGAAAUCUGCAUGUAUUCUUUCGAUUUGCCAAUUGAUAAUAGCAGUUUUUACUACUUUUUUUUUUGCCAUUCGACCUCUAGGCGGAUUAUUUGGAACAUAUUUUAAUAAAUCAAAAAACAAAAGAAGAUACAUCUCUUCUCAGACAUUUACAGCAUCAUUUCCUAAAUUAAGUGGAAGAAGCAGAUUAUUCUCAUGUGGUCUAUGGAUAUUCGUAUUCAUUGCAAAAUAUGUUGAAUCUUACUUUUUUUUAACGUUAUCGUUGAAGGAUCCCAUUAGAGCUUUAUCAAUAUUAGAUCUGUCUAGAUGCAGGGGUGACUUCCUAUUGGGGAGGAGCUUGUGUCGUUGGCAAUCGAAAAUUACAUUACUGCUAAUACUGUUGUCGGAUCUGACACUAUUCUUUUUGGAUACGUACCUGUGGUAUAUUAUUUGUAACUGCGUAUUCUCUAUCGUCCUAUCAUUUUCUCUUGGUGUUUCAACAUUAACCCCAUGGAAGAAUAUAUAUUCCAGACUACCAAAAAGAAUUUAUUCAAAAAUAUUAGCAACAUCCGAGAUGGACAUAAAAUAUAAGCCAAAAAUUUUAAUAUCACAAAUAUGGAAUGCUAUUAUCAUCUCUAUGUAUCGAGAACAUUUAUUAUCAGUGGAGCAUGUCCAAAAGCUGAUAUUUCAGCAAGUAGACUCAAUGAUGCUUGAUAUUAGAACUUUGAGGUCGCCUACCUUUUUCAUAGCACAAGAUGAUUCGACCUUCAAAUCGCUUGAUUUCUUUCCAUCAAACUCUGAGGCAAAAAGGAGAAUAUCUUUUUUUGCUCAAUCACUGUCGACCCCAUUAUUGGAUCCUGUCCCUGUUGAAUGCAUGCCAACUUUUACUGUACUCAUACCACAUUACACAGAAAAAAUUCUACUAGGCUUACGUGAAAUAAUUAGGGAAGAAUCACAAAGCAGUAAAAUCACAGUAUUGGAAUAUCUAAAAUACCUUCAUCCCGAAGAAUGGGAUUGCUUUGUUAAAGAUACAAAAAUUCUUAGCGCUGAGAAAAAAGCAGACCAGUAUCAUACGGUGGAUGAAAGCAGCAAUACGAUAUUAAACAAAAAAGAACAGCAGAAUCAGAUGUUUUCGUCAUUUGAAUCCGUAGGUAGUAUAUCAACGGAAAGGGACCUAUUGAAUGAGCAGAUGAAAGAUAUGCCUUAUCGUUGCUUUGGAUUUUGUUCCUCAGAAAAUAUAUAUACAAUACGAACCAGAAUAUGGGCAUCAUUGAGAUCACAAACUCUUUACAGGACAAUAACAGGAUUUAUGAACUAUUCAAAAGCAAUCAAAUUGCUCUAUCGAAUUGAGAAUCCAUCAAUGGUAGCAUUAUAUGGUGAUAACGUUCCAUUAUUGGAAAAUGAUAUAGAGAGUAUGUCAAACAGAAAAUUCAAAAUGAUAGUAGCAAUGCAAAGAUAUUUAAACUUCGAUGAAAACGAAAGAGAGGGUGUUGAGUUGUUAUUGAAAGCAUUUCCUUAUUUAUGUAUAUCUUUCCUAGAAGCACAUAAAGAGGGUGAUGACAAAGAUUUGACAUAUUACUCCUGCUUGACAAAUGGAAAUGCACCAAUUGAUCCCAAAACAAAUUUUCGAACACCUAUUUACCGAAUUAAGUUGUCUGGCAAUCCAAUUUUAGGGGAUGGAAAGUCUGACAAUCAAAAUCACUCUAUCAUUUUUUAUCGUGGUGAAUACAUUCAGGUUAUCGACGCAAAUCAAGACAAUUACCUAGAGGAGUGUUUAAAGAUAAGGUCCAUACUGAGAGAAUUUGAAGAGUAUUCCAUAAAUACCGUUAUUCCCUAUAUUCCAGGUAUUGAUUAUGCAGAGGAACCUGCUCCUGUGGCUAUUGUAGGGGCUCGUGAGUACAUAUUUUCUGAGAAUAUCGGUGUUCUUGGUGAUAUAGCCGCUGGAAAAGAGCAAACAUUUGGUACGUUAUUUGCAAGGACAUUGGCUGAAAUAGGUGGUAAAUUGCAUUAUGGCCAUCCCGACUUCAUAAAUGCAAUUUUCAUGACUACUAGAGGAGGGCUUUCAAAGGCCCAAAAGGGGCUUCACCUUAACGAGGACAUAUAUGCAGGUAUGAUCGCUAUUUGUCGAGGAGGAAAAAUAAAACAUAGUGAUUAUGUUCAAUGCGGAAAAGGUAGAGACCUAGGUUUUAAUUCAAUACUAAAUUUUACUACUAAAAUAGGAGCUGGUAUGGGAGAGCAAUUGCUUUCUAGAGAGUAUUAUUAUUUGGGUACACAACUUCCUAUGGAUAGAUUUCUGUCCUUCUUUUAUGCUCACCCAGGAUUUCAUUUGAAUAAUCUUUUCAUUUCAUUGUCGCUGCAUCUUUUUUUCAUGUUACUCAUCAAUCUGGGAUCUUUGAAUCAUGAAACGAUAUUAUGUCAUUAUGAUAGAAACAAAUCUAUCACAAGCCUGCAAAUCCCAAUUGGAUGUUAUAACUUAACUCCGGCACUGCACUGGAUCUCAAUUUUUGUAUUUUCCAUAUUUAUUGUAUUCUUUAUUGCAUUUGCUCCAUUAUUUGUGCAGGAAUUAUUGGAGAAAGGGAUUUGGAAAUCGAUAUUGAGGAUAUUACAUCACUUACUGUCGAUGGCACCGUUGUUUGAGGUGUUUGUAUGUCAGAUUUAUUCUAACUCAAUAUUAUCAAAUUUGACAUUUGGUGGUGCCAAAUACAUCUCUACUGGGAGAGGACUGGCGAUAACUCGAAUAAGUUUCCCAACAUUGUAUUCGCGUUUCGCAAUAAUUUCGAUUUAUUCAGGAAUACAAAUAUUUCUUAUGUUGGUCUUCGCAUCUGCAUCAAUGUGGCAACCUGCAUUACUAUGGUUUUGGAUAUCUGUUGUUUCUUUAUGUUUUGCACCUGUGUUAUUCAAUCCUCAUCAAUUUUCCUUCAUGGAAUUCUUCAUUGAUUAUCGAAACUUUUAUAUAUGGUUAGCAACUGGGAAUUCGAAGUAUGUGAAAGAAUCAUGGGCAACAUUUACAAAGAGUUCACGAUCACGGUUCACUGGAUUUAAGCGGAAAACAAUAAAUGAUAUAUCGGAAGGUGAGAUGGUAUAUUCGACAAAAACAAGAGUUUUGAAUGUUUUCUUUUCGGAGUUGUUUUGUAUUUUGUUUGUCCUGGUAUUUGAUUUUACAGCUUAUACCUUUAUGAACGCUCAGACUGGAGUUAAAAGAGUAAGGCCUUCUAAUUCGGUGAUGAGAUUAGUUGUCGUUACUAUAUUACCAAUCCUGUUGAAUAUGGUAAUAUUAUUCGGGCAAGGUAUUUUAUCUGUUUUUAUUUUCCCUGUGAUAUCUUGUUGUUCGGCAGCAAUAGGUAAUCAAGUAUCGUUUGUGACACACCUAAUUUCUGUUAUCAUAUACGCCGUUGACUUUGAGCUGAUGUGGUUUUUGGAAGGUUGGAACUUUCCUCGAACACUCAUUUUGUUAAUUACAGCCAUAAACCUACACAUUUUUUUAUUUCGUUUGGUCACCAUUAUAUUGGUCACAAAGGAACAUAAAGCGAAUAAAACAAAUAUAGCCUGGUGGACUGGAAAAUGGUAUAAUACCGGUUUUGGAUGGUCAAUUAUAACUCAGCCCUUUCGGGAAUAUAUUAUCAAGGUGAUGGAAAUGAGCUAUUUUGCCGGUGACUUUGUAUUAGGACAUUUUAUACUGUUCUUACAAGCUCCGAUAAUAUUAAUUCCCUUCAUUGACUAUUGGCAUUCAAUGACAUUGUUCUGGUUACGACCUACAAACUUAAUUAGAGGGAGGAGGAUAUUUGGAAGAAAGCAAUCUCGACGUAGAAGGAAUACUGUUAUAAGAUAUUUUUUCUUUUACUUUCUCACAUUAGCGAUUUUUAUUGGUAUCUUACUAACUCCAUAUUUUGCUCAUAAAUUUGAUAUCCAAGCAGAUGAUUUGUUGAUAGGAACUAUUCUUGACGGUAUAAUUCAGCCAAAUAAUCAAAACAAUAAUGACACUGGAGCAAGAGCACCACCAAACAUUAUGAGGAGUACGCCUAAAGCGAAACCUGUUAAAACUGUUUCCUAA